AUGGCAGUGUGCAGUUCUGGAGACUGUUCUGCCGUCACCAGGCCUGGGUUUGCAUUGCCUUUUCACCGCGGCCGAUCAUGGGCGCCCCUGAGCAUUCCUGCUCCUGAUGCGAGUGUCCUGAGUGGGGAUGAUGCAGCCUUCUUUUCAGGCGACUGUGAACGACAAUCCCUGGCCGGCGGCUGUGACAGCCUUUGUCCCGCGAGAGUGAGCAGGGGGAGAACAAGGGCACUCAAGGAGGUGCUUGCUGGCGCCGGCGCCACGCCCCUCUCCCGGCGGGAGCCGGUGAAGGACGAGCAGCCCGGGCUCACCGAGCGCCCGGUGCCCGCCCCGCCCGGAGUUCGUCCUGCGAGACACGGGCCUCCGUCCUCAAGGCCGGCAAGACCGCCGGGGGCGGGAGGAUCAGCGCCCGGGAGCUCCCACCGCGCCAGAACCCGGAGCCCGGAAGCCCCGCCGCCCGGCCUGGCCGCCUGGCGCGCCCGCGUCCGCCGCGACCCGCGCCACUUCCUGCGCCUGUGUGCGCACCUCGACUGCACGCCCGACGUCUGGGCGCUGCACGACUGGAGCGCCUGGCUGACGCCCUUCACGAGCCCAGGCGGCCGCCGCUUCGACACGGCCUUCUUCGUGUGCUGCCUGCGCGAGCCGCCGCCCGUCUGCCCGGACUUGGCCGAGGUGGUGGCCUACCAGUGGUCAUCUCCAUCAGAGGCAACUGAAUGUUUCGUAGCAGAAAAAAUUUGGUUGGCACCCCCACAGUUCUACGAAAUAAGAAGACUGGAAAACUUUGCCUCUCUCUCUGACUUGCACAAGUUUUGUUUGGAUCGUGCAUUAGAAGGGACGGAACGGUGGCUGCCAAUCACAUUAUUAACCGCUGAUGGGAGGCUCCAGCUUUUACCAGGUGAUGAGCUAUACUUAGAAGAUUCAGACUUUUUAGAAAAUCUUUUGUCCACUGAAAAAAAGAAUGAAGAAAUUGUGAAGGAAGGCAAGAAACUUCACCGAAUAGUGAUAUACAGUCGUCAUGUUUAUAGUAUCUACGUGACUGUUCAGUCAGCAUAUAAACACGUUUAUCCUAAGAACUAUGUAGUAAGUAAGAGCCGUUUGUAGAGUACUGCUUAUUUGUAAACUGGCCUACCUGAUGGUGUCCUAAUGAAUAAUGAAAGUUGACUAGCUUGCUUGGAAC